AUGAAGAUGGCAAAAUAUAUGUGCAACAGUGAAGGAAACUUAGACGACAAAAGUUUCAGCAAACCUAUGCCAUGGAUAGGAAUCUACAUAGCAUCAGCAUCACUUCUGUGUCUCAUUUCCUUCUCAUUAGAUCUCAUCAAAGGUUUCAAAGCCCGCAAACUAUGGUUCCCUUGCAAAUACUUUUGCCUCAACGCUACUUCCUUAACCAUAAUUGCUAUUUCUGUUAAGCUCUCUGUUGAUCUCAACACCCCUAUGCCUCAACGUCAUGAUCAGCUAGCAAAACUAGCCAGCAGUGCUAUAAUCUGCACUGUCAUGGCUAACUCCAUGCCUUCUCUUGGUGUCACACAGACUAAUGAAACCAUGAUGAAUGUUAUGGCCAUGGCUAUUUUAGUUAUUACCAUGAUUGUUAAUAUUUGUAUCCAGUUUGCAACUGGUGUUAUCUAUGAGUUUUGGAUUGAACAUGGUGUGAUUAUGUUUCUCAUGCUUAUUUUGUUGAUGAUUAUGAGUUCUUCUACUUUGUCUUUACAAAAGAUGAAACAUUACAUGGAGUUGAAGUAUAAGGUCAAUGAAGAAGCUUUGAGAGAAGAGUCAAAGCAAAAACAAGGGUUUGGUAAUGUGACUGAUAAACUAAGAGAUGAAUUGAUGAGAUAUUGGAUGAUGGCUCAUACAAGUAGUCCUCAGUUUCUACUUGGAAGAUCGGUAUCGUGUACUGCUUCAGGUGCUUUUUGUGUUUUGAGUACUUUGACUUUGUUCGAAGGGAUGCUUCGAACUUAUUUGAUGCCUUGGUCGGUUACGUUUUGUAGUGGUGAUUCUGAUUACAAAUGGUCUAUAAUCUUGAUUCUUAUAGUUCAAUAUGCUGCUGUUGCUGUUGGUACUAUUGCUCCUGCUUUUAGAUGGUUUUUUGCUGUUAAAUAUAGGUGUCCAAAUGUGAGGAAAAGGAGCUGCAAGAAAAUUUUUCAGGUAGAAAGUUAUUGGACUGAUAGGUUAGUGGUGAUUAAAGAGAGUCCGAUUAGUUUUCGGAUUCGUAACCGGUGGUUUAGGAAGUUGGCUCAUGAUGUGAAAUAUAUGAUAUUGUGUUUCUGUAUUAAACUACAGAUUGGAAUUGUGAGGUUGUGCAUAGCUGCACAGUAUGUUUCAGUUUAUCCAAUGUGUUGGGUUUUGGGAUUUUGUGAGUAUUUCAAGAACUGGAAAUUCGGUUCGAGUCUAGGGACAGGCACGAAGCAUGAUCUGCGUCGUUUUAUUCUUCAUCUCGAAGGCGAGGAAGAGUUGGUUGAGGUGAUGAUGAAAGAAAAUUGGGAUGCAACAAUGCAUUGGGUUCAACAAGGUGAGAAAAAGCAGCCAAAGCUUGUGAUUGAGUUGUUAGAGAAAAAAUGUUCAAUCUUGCAAGGCUUUAAGGGAGUUGGAGAAUUCGAUUGCGACGAAAUUGUUCCUUUACAUGGUGAAGAACCUCCAUAUAGUUGGUCACUUCCACUAGUGACACUAGCAAGCAUUAUAGUUGCAAUGCCAAACAUUGACAAGUGUUUGGUGAAAAACUUGAUUAGUACUCUAAAUGAAGGACUACCCUAUGUGAAGUUCAUAGAAAACAACAUAGACCAAGAUAGAAAAAUAAUCAAACUUCGAAAAGCAGCCGAAAUCAUUUGGCUUGGAACCGAUCUUUAUGGAAAGUGGCUAGAUGUUGAUCUUUACAAACUCUCACUUCAAAGCAAUAAUCCAAAACAAACACUUGAGACACUAGCUGAUUUAGCAAAAGCAAGAUAUGAGAAAUACAAAGCAAAAUACAAUCACAUAUGCAUUAAGGUGAGUCCUUGGGCUUGGCCUUUGAAAGUGUUGGCUUCUAAUGCAAUGUAUAGAAUAAGCAAAACAAUGCUUCUGAUGAAUCAUGAUGUUGUGAAAGAUUGUAAUAGUAAUAGUGAGAAGGUGUUUGAGGUUGUGAUAGUGAUGGUUUCUGAUAUAUUGGGAGCAUGUUUAACUAACUUGCCUCAUGUUAUAUCUAGAGUGUGUUUGAGUAGUGGAAUUGAAGAGAGGGAGGAUAAUGUUAGAGAAGCUGUUUAUGUGCUUGGUAAAACUAAGAAGAUUAUAGAAAUGCUUGAAAAGAGAGCUUUUCCUAGUGUGGAUUUUUGCUGCGGGACUAAUGUUGAAGAUUGGCGUUUGAUGCAUAAGGAAAACAGGUUCUGUUGUCCCUCUGAGCUAUCUUCACUGGAGGAAGAUGAUUCCUACACAGCUCCUUCCAAGUUAAGGGAUCUUUGCUUAAAUAUUGACUAA